AUGGAAGGUCAGUUGGCUGACCUGAGAAGUGAAGAAACGACGAUGCAUAAAGAUUAUCCAAUUUUGAAAUCAUUUCUAGCUGGAUCAUUUUCCGGAACCUUUUCAACAAUUUUAUUCCAACCGUUAGACCUCAUUAAAACACGCCUGCAAAACACCGUAAAUCAUCAUGUGAGUUCGCCAAAAUACCCGAUGAUAACAACGGUAAUUCACAUUAUCAAAAAAGAUAAUAUUUUCGGACUAUGGAAGGGAAUGACUCCGUCGAUAACUCGGGUGAUACCUGGUGUAGGCUUAUAUUUUUCUACUCUUCAUUGGCUAAAACACACAAUAUGUUUAGAAGAGCCGCUUACGCCAUUACAAGCGGUCUCACUGGGAAUAACAGCACGUUCACUAUCAGGAAGUUUAUUGAUACCAAUAACCGUAAUUAAAACAAGAUACGAGAGCGGUGUUUACAAAUACGGUAGUAUGAGAGAGGCAUUAAGACUUAUUUAUAAAUACGAAGGUAUAAAGGGACUUUCCAGCGGUUUAGCGCCAACUUUAUUACGUGAUGCUCCGUACAGUGGCCUCUAUCUUAUGUUUUAUACCCAAUUAAAACAACUAUCCAUUAAAAAAUUAAACAGCGAUGUAACAACUCACUUUGCCUGUGGAAUAGUUGCUGGAAUUUUAGCAUCGGCCAUAACGCAGCCAGUAGAUGUUAUUAAAACUAAAAUGCAAUUAUAUCCAGAUAAAUUUAAUAAUACAAAAAGUGUAUUUAUUUUUGUAUAUAAUAAAUAUGGAUACAGAGGUUUUUUUAAAGGAAUGAUUCCUCGAAUGUUGAGACGGACUUUAAUGACAACUAUGGCGUGGACUGUAUACGAGCAGGUA